CUUUCAUGGCUGACCUCGCUUCUUCAGCUCUCCGGCAAAGAGUAACUUCUGCAACCGCCCUUGUCGAAAUGCACGUCAUCAGCGCGAUAAAUCCCGCCAGCAAAUCACGUCUUCCGCGGUCGAUUCCCGGCUCUAUUUACUGCCGUUUCGAAACCCGCGGCUGGUUUUUGAUCCGGAGGAAGAUGACAAGGUCGUGCCGGAAUCUUGUCGAACUCGAAGACCAUCCAGAUUCCGCCAUAUCUCUCUCUCUCUCUCUCUCUCUGUGUCCUGAUUAUUUUAUUGACACUUGAGCGGUGGAGACGGUCAGAAAUGCUUAACAAUACUCGGUUUUCGGGGUAAUAUAAAAUUCGAGUGCGAUAGCUUCUCGUCUAGGUGUUAUUGCGUUGCCGUGGCAGCCUGCUGCUGACCUAUGUUAUUGCGUGUGCGUCGUGCUCGGGUUGAAUUAGUUGAAUUGGCAGUCAUCAUAUUCUUGGCUUCUUUAGCGGAGAGCACAUUGGUUUUUUCUUCUGUCGGGUGCGAAUUGGUCUGCCAAUUAUACGAGCUUGUUUAUUGGAGAGGGUUAUUUCGGAUUUUAAGCCUGAAUUGAAGUCCUGGAUCAGUAGAUGUGCAGUUAGUUCGGCGCUUGGUUUGGCUGCUUCGUUUGAAUGCACUUUGCAGAAACUUUGAUUGCAUGAUUGCAAAGUUUCGAUCCGUCACGAAUUGGGUUGCUUGAGCUCGAUUCGUGGGCAGUUUACUUGUUGUCUGAGUGGAUACAAGCUGUCAGGGGUAGGGGAGAAUUGGCAUGAGAGGGAAAAAAGGGAAACGCCAGCAAUAGAUCCUUCACGAAGCUGGAAGGAUUUUAUUGCUUUCAGUUGAGUUUGGAGGAGUGAAGGAGAAAAAGGCUUUCCUGGCAUGGAGGGAAGAGGGUUUUUGGGAUUUUACAGAAAUUCCAGUGAGGAGAUGUUCCUCAAAGCCCUGAUGGAGAGCUCAGUUGGAAUGCCGAUACCGACAAUGGAGAUGUUGGGAUUCAAGAAUUUAUCCCAAAACUUUCGCACAGACAGCGAGGAGCUCUUCAAAAGCUGGCUCACGAAUGCAGAGAAUCAUGGCUACAAUUCACCAGGUGCAGCACAUCGUACAUGGCAGGCAUCAAGGAGGAUAUCCACAGAACUAGCAAAUGUAUCAAAUCAAGAGCAAGGGGACAUUCUGCAAAAGAAAAGAAGCAAUGACUUGCUUUCACAAACUUGCUCCAUCGCUGAAGAAAUUCCAGAGGAUCUCAGCCAAACUCCAAGCAGGAAUGCUGCUGAAAGAGGAUGGCCUGCGAAUAAUUUGUAUCUUGCCAAGGCUUGGUUUCAUAGUUCACAACCAAUGACGAGAAGCCGAUCUUCUGAAUUACGAAGGAGGUAUGCUGCCAUGCAGAGCACUCAAGGCUCAGUCCCAAUAGAAGUGACAAACAGUGGAUCUGUGCAUGGUGUUGAAAUGAAACAAGAGCCCAACAACAAUAGUGGCUUCGGUGAUCUCUCAAUGAGUGAGAUUCCCGAGCAGUUGGGAGCAUUUGUUUCUCCAUCCAAUUCAUCCUCAUCCAGCAUGAAUGCACAACCAGUCAAAAAUUUGGAUAGAGUUUCCUCUGUGGUCAGCAUGCUAAAGGGUACACUAGAACGCAAGAAGCUUGCUAAUCAAAUUGAGAGAGAAACUUUUGAGGAUUGCUCUCAGGGGUCCUUUCAAGCUCAAGAUAUUCUUGCCAAUACUAGCUUCCAACAAGGACAUGGAGAUCAUAUUCAUGAACUGUCAUUGAUGUUCCAUGAAGCCUCUCAAGGACAGGCCGAAGGUCUAGCUCUCCUACCAAAUGUUGAAAGAUCUAUGGACCUCGACUUUGAACAAUUGAUAAACACCAGAAAUCCAAUUAAUGUGAGAGCAGUUUCCCAAGAACCUUCCCAGAGUGAGUCUUCUGCUGCUGCUCCUAUAGUUUCCUCUGGAUUUGAUGCAUUUGAUGGUCCCAGCAACUCAAGCCAAACUCUAAGCGUUUGUGAGAGCUCCAGGAAGAAUGUUGGAGACACUAUAAGUCCAGAAAAUGGUUCAAAGGCCAAAGGUGCAGAUUUCAGAGAACGGAUAAUCGACAAUUUGAAAGAUGAUAAAAAGAGGGGAAAUCUGGUGCGUUAUGGAUCUGUCUCAUCUACUGGUUCAGGGGAUAAAGGGGAUCCAACGAAAAAGCGUAGAGUGGAACGAUCAAGAAAAAUGGCAGAGGCAAAGGAGAGAAACUCAACAUCAGCAAUUCCAUCAGAUGUUCAAUCUAUCUUGAAGCGGUGCGAAAAUCUUGAGAAGGAAGUGAGGUCCCUCAAACUUAAUUUGUCUUUCAUGAAUAGAAAGGAUUCUGAACAGACCAAGCAGAUAGAAGAGCUGCAAAAGCAGAAUGAAGAGCUGACUGAAGAAAAAGAGCGGCUCCUAGAAGUUAUUGAGAGAAUCCAUCCGGACUGAGGAAAUAUGUGAAUAUUCCCUUUUGCCUUUGUAAGGCUUGUCCAUCUCAUAUCAAUUUUAACUCGAUCAGGCACAAGCAGGAGUCCCGUGAGAAACUCACACCAAGCCCUCUUACCUGCUGGGAUGCCCUGUAGUGACUGUUUAGCGACUAAAACGUUGCACAGGCAACGCAGAUGCUAAUACUAUGUUCCUUAAUGCUCUCUUUAGUCGGCAGGAAUCUAACGGUGAAUUACUUGCCAUUUUUGUCAAUUGAAAGACUCUGAAUCACGGGGAACCAUUUCUUCUUUGUUGGUACAAAUGAAAAGGAGUCUUGCUUUCUCAUCGCAAA